AUGGACACUAAUAUAUCGAAUUUAGCCCCGAAAGCGAGCGAUUAUUGGGACGAAAUGCCAACAUUUUACAAGACGGCCAACGUUUUUCUCUUUAUAAUCUUAUUGGCAAUUCUUGGGAUGACGAUAAAAAUGCUGAGAGAUGUGCUGAUGAAUGUGAAAGAUGAUCUUGUACAAUCUGAUCUUUUAUGGGUAUUGGGAACACCGUUGAUGGUCACUUUGUGUUGUGCAGUUGGCAAUAUUUUUCCUCGAUCCGCCGAAUUGCUCUAUUCGAUUGGAUUAAUAAUUUUGAUGGUUUCUUUGUAUAAAGUGGUGAGUCUGGUCUACAAUGCUUUUGGUGGAACGGAGAAAUUCUCGUAUUGGCUUCAAGAUCGGGAUCGCCGAAUGCGACUUAAUGUUCCGCCAUUGUGUUGCUGCUGUCGAUGUUUGCCGAGUCCAAGUCCUACUAUAGAGAACCUCCAUCGCCUAAAAUGGGUUGUUCUGCAGUCACCGGUCGUUCGUAUCAUCGUCCAGCUGGUCUUGUUGAUCAUGACCUGGGAGGAGAUUGCACAAGAUGCAAAAUCGAAUCAACUGGUCAACCUAUUGGGUGUGAUUUCGACAAUGUUUGGUGUCUACGUGACACACAUUCUCAUCUCAAUGGCUAAAGAAUUUCUUGACGAGCACGGGUUAAUGGUUUUGGUGAGGAGUGCCGACUUGGCACAAGGACUUUUCACGGGAAUCAAAGCAAUUUUCGAUGCCAUUGCUAAAAAUUCAAACUUUGGUGACACGGAUUUCAUGAAUUCGCAAGCGAAUGGAAACUUUUGUUUCAACGUCACCGCGUCAAUUCUUUUCUUCAUCUUGGCCCUUGUUCAAUUCAUUUUCGUUCGACCCGGGCGCUGCAAACUAUUCUCAAUGAAAAUCCUUGCCACUGAU